GGAUUUCGGUGACAAAACCAGGGAGCCAAAACCUGGGUGACAAAACCCUCGAGGCUGUGUACAGCGUGUGUCGACCGACAAAACCUGGUUAGGCUGCGCUUACUGCGCUACCGUAUUAGGGGUAAAGGAGUAGAUGGAAGGCAACCGAUAGAGCUGCCUCACCAUGGUCAUGAAGCUGCCCGUCUAUGUGCGCUUUAAUCCGAAGCAGGUUUUGGCAUAAUCAAAUCCAUAUUCAUUACAAUCUGAUGCAUUUACCUGGCACCGACUAAUGAGUAUAUAGAAUUGGAUAUUUCUUCAUUCUCUCAUUUCUCAACUUAACGAUGUUCUCCGAUUUCACUCUCUUUAGGCAUUGGAGUUAGUCUUACUUGCACCUACGCUUCAUCAGCAAACAUGGCCACCAAAACGCGCAAAAUCCCCCAGAACAGUUGGGAUCACCACAAGGAAACCAUUUUGAAUCUCUAUCUAAACGAUGACUACUCUACUGCCAAACUAGUUCAGGCUAUGAAGGAAGAUCAUGGAUUUUCCGCUACCGUUUCACAAUUCGAGGCUCAAUUCAAGGUCUGGAAGGUUCGUAAGAACUUGAAAAGUCAUGAAUGGAAAGCCGUCUUCGACAAACUUGACCAUAUGUCCUCCCCCCAAAACAGUUACAGGAUAUCGAUUUCAGGUCACCCUGUGUCAAUGGACAAGAUCCAUCGGGCGAAGCGUUAUCUCAAGGGCGAGCGUCCGCAGAGCAAGCGCCGUCGAAGGGAGCCAAGCUUGCUAGAUUCAAUAGAGAACGAAGCUGCCAGCGAUGUCUUAAUUGAAGUCCAAGGCCUGGAUGGAGAAUGGACCCCGUACACUGUUGCAACAGAAAACGACACUUCCACCAAUGAACUCCAAGAGGUUAACACCCGAACACAGGAUCUUGAGAGCAGCGACAGCGAGGCUAAAUUUACUCCCGAUGACACGAGUGGUGAAUCCCCCAGAACUACGGAAUACUCUGAACCGUACAACAUCUCCCCUCAACUUUCGUUUAGCGAAUAUGACUUUACAUUCAACGAACCAUUCCCAGUCGAGAUGGACCAAUUCUUUCCACAGCCCAUGGAUUUUGAAUUGAUCGAACCAUUAUGUCCAACUCCGCCGCCGUUUGUAUUCCAUGGACCAGUCACACCUUCAUCCCAAGAAUUGACGAAAUUUUCACAGCGACCGAGUAAUCUCGCCCAGUUUUCGCUAUAUACCCCAUCCCUAAAGGAUCUACCAUUUGAACAGCUCGAAAAUGAAUUCAAGAGGAGAGGCCUGAGUCUGAAAGCCCUUCCGUCCCCCAUGCAAGAUUGCCGACUGUUGUCCGGAAGUCAUAAGCUAAGCUCCCUAUUUAUAAAUGAGGCUGUUGAUGUUAUGGCGAAUACGAACGCCCGUACUUUGCGCGAAAACUUCUACAGUGCCGGACUUACGUUGCGAACAUUGGAGACAAUCAUUCCCGGAGCUCAGCAAGAUUGUGAGAAUAACGGCAUGGCAGGAGCUCUACAGGCGACCGCCGAAGUUGAACUCCACCGACUUCUUCUCUGUUCGGCCGCUAACGGAUUUAUUGGAAUGAAUGAUGUUCCCAUUGCCACGGCGCUUAGGUUUCUCGACAACAAUAGCAACGCUACUUGGUUAUUAUCACGCUUCUUGAAGGGAAACAAAAGCCCCGUUGCAAAGAGUCUUACCGAGAACCUAUUUCGAGCAGCAAUUGAAUCAUGCGAUCAUGAAAAAACCAGAUUCUUUCUUCAGACAGGUCUAGUAGACGUCAAUAGUACACUCUGUCAUAUCGAGGGCAAAAAGUACACUCCUCUGGAGCGAGCUGCUUUACUUCAAGGAUUUAAGGUGGUUCAUGAGUUACUAAAGCACAAUCCCGACCCCAACCAAACAUAUCUCGAGCACACUCCCAACACUGGCGACUGGGACCUAAGGCGCCCUUUGGGAUGUUUAAUUAAGGCGAUCUGCCCUGAGGACGGCGCGGAGCGUAAUCAUAGCACAUUCUCACCAGAAUAUCUUGAUGCUGUUGAUGCUCUAGUUAAAGCAGGAGCAAGCAUCCAAUACCAAUGCGUCAAUGCCGCGCUUAAAAGAUUUGUUAGAAUGGACCUUGCUCGAAGGCUUUUGCAGCAUUCUGCACCGACUGAUCAUUCGGAUUUCAUAGAACGCGGUAUUUUAGCACACAUCGCUGAUGAGAUCGACGGCAAUGAUGCUGAAAAAGCUAUCAACAAAAUCAUAUCGGACUGUCAGCAAACUGGGUGUAACCAGUGCUUAAGCCGUUUCCCCACGGAGAUGGAGUGGGCAGCCAUCAAUGGCGCUAGACGAGGUCAUGCCCAACUCGUCAAGACCCUUUUCCAAUAUGUUAAGUCCCCGACUCGAAUCCUAAGCGCAGCGAUCAUGUCGGGGAAUCGCGAGCUAAGAGAGUUCAUACUCGCCAAAAAACCAGAUAUUCGCGGGGCCCCAGCGGAAAUAAUUGAGCGAUUUAGUAUGAAAAUUGCAACAACGCCACUAGCUGAGGCAAUCGAAGCAGAAGAUAGCGAACUUGUUAAAAUACUUGAAAGAGAGGGCGCACUCGAAAAUACUCGACAAGAGCGCUGUUUCGAAGCUGUAGUUUCCGCUUCAGUUAAAGUAGGGAAUUUUGACUACCUGAAGGUCCUAUUUUCAGAAGAUUUCCCUCGUCCAUCAAUAAUGGCCUUAUUUCGGUUGCUGCCCGCCGCAGUCGAAACCGAAAAAGAAGAAAUCGUCCAACUUCUCCUUGAUCUAACCACACAUACAGCCACUUAUUCGAACGAGGCUAGCACCGUCUUAACCGAAGCUUAUACGCGGGGAAAUAAAGCGAUUCUCUCAAGAUUGAUGGCAUUCCAUCCAAAAUUAAAAAUAUUCGGAAAAAACGAUCACAUUUCUCGAGACCUAAAAUCUGGGAACUGGGAUAUGAUCAAUUACUUCCAUGAGUCCAGCCGGCUUUCCGUCGGAGCUUUAGGCCCGCAUUUGAUUAUUGCCAUUGAAAAAGACGAUAUCGCAAUGCUUCGUCGCCUUCUCAAGUAUGGAGCAUCCCCAAUAGAUAAUGACGCUCUCGAAUUAGCCGUAAGGGAACAUCCUCAUAUGGUGCCAAUACUUUUGGAGCACAUUUCGUCUCGAGCUAACGCCCUAAAUUUCUACGGAACCGAGGCCGUAAAAGAAGCAAUUAGGCAAAGCCCUGAGAGCAUGGACAUUUUAGACAUGCUUCUUAGUUGUAAAGCGAUCAACCUCGACACGAGAGAGAGAAGCGGCGAUAUUAUUUGCGCACCUUUUAACACAGCAAUUGAAAAAGACGCGGCAAGCUCUGGGCUUGACUUUCCAUUAACCAAGAGAUUCCUUAACGUGGGUCGCGACAUUAACGGAAUUAUACGACGCGAUAAAGAACGCUCUAGACAGGCUUACAUUACGCCGCUUCUAGCAGCAAUAAAAACACGAAAUAAGGACUUGGUUCAAUUUCUUAUUCGUCGUGGCGCAAACGUCAAUCAAGAUGCUACGAACGGACUUAUGCAAACUCCCUUACAGGCCGCUGCAGCUGUCGGUAGUCUGGAUAUCGUCAAUUUACUAAUACAAGAGACGGCUGAUAUUAACGCUCAACCGGCGAAUCUUGCGGGCGCGACGGCUUUGCAAUAUGCAGCUAUGAGCGGAAAUUGCAACAUCGCCGCUCUUCUACUGGAUCGCGGGGCUUCGCUUGAUGCUCCUCCCGCCGCAUUUUACGGACGAUACCCACUUGAAGGCGCUGCUGAGUUUGGCCGGCUAGACAUGAUACAAUUUCUUUGGAAUGUGAGUAUUGUUGGGUUCCCAACUCAGCAGUGCCGUAAAGCGGUACGGCUCGCCGAGGCCAAUGGACAUGGUGCCUGUAAGGACCUUAUCCGAAACUUGGCUGUGCUGAGUGGAAGUUUACCUACAAUUGAAGGAGUUGUAUAAGAACUCUAGAUAGUGCGCGCUCAUGAUAAAACGAGACUUCGUACACGAAGAAUCUCACUAGACUCAUUUUCUUGAUUGCAUAGCGAGGAAGGAAUCAUAGAUCUAAGGGAGGCGACUUCGCCAGGUUAUCACGAUACUUAUACCUACAC